GGGCAAUUUGAUCACAUAAGCUUGGAAAUCCCUCUUUUUUUCCUUGUGUAUUAUCACCAACAGACGAAUCAAUGUCGAUACAAUGAAUGAUACUUAAAGAUGCUCUCGGCAUCAAAAAGGCACACUCUUUUCUUUUUUCUAUCGCAAAUCGUUGAAAUCGGGAACCCAGUGUACGACAUUGAUUCUGAAUAGUAUAUUUUCCCUUUUUCUCUCCUUUUUUUUUCUUUGCCAGUUUGACAUUGAUGAGUGAACAAGAUAAAAAAGUAUAUCUUUGAGUUGUCCUUUUUUUGCUAUAUAUUUGACCUCUUUUUCUCAUUUUUUAUUAGAUAGUCAUCGUUUCCAAUCUAUCCUCUACAACAACUAAAACACAACUAGAAAACAUCUUUUCUGCAUACGGUAAAGUAGAUCAAGUUGAAUUAAUGUCAGGACUGGCCAAAGUCACAUUUGAGGAUGAGAGUGCUGCUUUACGUGCUAUUCAACAAUGUAAUGACCAAAGCGCUACUGCUGUUUCUGAUUCCUUGGAAGUACAAUCACUUGGACAAGCCAUGAAGAAUAGUAAACAGUAUAUACGAGGUGCGAUUUCUACUCAAUUUCUACCUUUGACUCAAAACAUGCUUGAAGAACUACAAAAGGCUCUGGCACCCUAUAACUAUAUGAACAUUUAUCAUGACGAUCAUGACUGGUACAUCCUAUUUCCUUCGAAGUCUACAGCAUUAGAAGCACAAAAGUGUGUAAAGACAAUCACGGGAUAUAGUGUGGAUAUCAGGAUAGAACCUGAAACGUCAUCUCUUAUUAAGGAUUAUGUGAACUUGUUUAUCAAAGAUGCUGGAUCAGCCCCUCUUCCUACCUGUGACUUCUUGGCUCCAUCAACAACAACAGAAGCAACACCACUGAAAAUCGAGACACAGAACAAGAGAAAGAGAAACUCGAAUUCAAAACUGGCUGAUCCGCCUUCAAAAAAGAAAAGGUCACUUGAUGAUUCAGAAAAGGCACCAGUCAGCGUGUCAGAAAAUAUCCUCAACAAUAAUACUAGCAGUAGUAGCAUCAGUAGUAGUAGUAGUAAUAAUCAUAAUAAUGUGGACAGUAGUAAUAAUAAUGAUACAGACGAAGAUGAUGAAGAAGUGAGUACGACAUCCGAUCUAGAUGAGAUGACGAUGGAAGAAUUGUUGGAGAAUAUUGAUCAGGUGGAUGAGGAAGAAGAGUUAUGGUUGAAUGAACCAAUUCAAGAAAUUGAGCUUGAUAAGGAUUGGGAUCCAUUUUACCAAACAAAGGACACAGAAGAUUUGAAAUAUUUACGGAUCGCACUAAUUGAAAAAGUACAGUCGGGUUUAAAACAAGAGCUAUUGGAUUCAUUAAAAAAGGAAGAUGAGACUAGUGAUGCCCUGAGUCAAUCAGCUAGAACAAGAGCAUACAGCCCUAUACCAGAAUCAGUCAAGGCGACCUACUUAAACCGAAACAGAGCGUUGACCGUGGAUAACAAAGUGACAACAAGCUCAAGAUCAACUCGUGUCAAUAAUCGCCGACUUGUCUCAGGCAUGAUGAUUCAGAACAAGACGAUGGCAGAAUCGGAUCUACUCAAGUUUAACCAACUUAAAAAGAGGAAGAAGCGUCUUAUCUUUGCUAAAUCGCCUAUUCAUGAAUGGGGACUAUAUGCAGGAGAACAUAUCGAUGCGCAUGAUAUCGUAAUUGAGUAUAUUGGAGAGGUGAUUCGUCAGCAAGUAGCCGAGAUUCGAGAAAAGCAUUAUGAACGCAUUGGAAUCGGUAGUAGUUAUCUCUUCCGUGUGGAUGAUGAUAUGGUCAUUGAUGCUACCAAAAAGGGAGGAAUGGCUCGAUUUAUUAACCACUGCUGCACGCCCAACUGCAGUGCAAAGAUUAUUACAGUUGAUAAGCAGAAAAAGGUAGUGAUUUAUGCUAAUAGAGAUAUUGAGCCAGGAGAAGAAAUUACCUAUGACUACAAAUUCCCUAUUGAAGCGGACAAGAUACCUUGCUUUUGUGGAAGUAAAUUUUGCAAAGGAUCACUCAAUUAAACCAUUUAUUAAAUCUAUCAUAAAACGACGCACUCUUGACAUUCUCUUCUGUUUGAUAAUAAUCAAAGUUUAAAAAUUCUUGUUCCAGCUGUAACCUGCAUCUUGCUUCUUCCGUCACCGGUAAAUCAUCUACUGUUACAGGCAGUGACAUCCUCUUUGUUGAAUAAACAAGUCCAUCAUCCUUAAAUUCGUUCUGUAUGACCUUGUUUGAUUUCUUUUAAAAA